CAACAUGGUGGAUCAGCUGUUUUCAUUUUUCGUGAGGCCGAAAUUGUUUUUGUAAAAAGACGUAUUGUUAUGGUCACAUAGCCAUGUGUGAAUUAAAAUGGGCUCAAUCGCAUCUGUGCUGCAAUGGCAUUGUCAGGCGUGCGGUCAAAUCAAUCCUACGGAGAGUGUGAAAUGUUUGAAAUGUGGUAUAAAGAGAGUAUCUGGUCAUGACAGUGAGAUUUCAAAACGAUAUUGCACCGAUUCCUCUUCUGAAUACGCAUCGCGGACUGAAAAGAGUGGCGGAACUACCCCUGGCUCGGAGGCAAUCGUCAUACCGACAACAAACAAUUUCAAUAGUGGAUGGUCGUGCGUGGGCUCCGCGCCGCUGGCGAGCCGCGCGUGGCGCUGCGGUUGCGGCCUGCGCAACGUUUCUGCCUCUUGGCGCUGUGCGGCUUGCGACACGAUCGCGCCCCAUGCGCCGGUUUACAGAUUGUCCGAUGACGAGGAUCAAUCUUCAGGGAUGACUGACAAGGAUAAGUCUGAUCAAGACCACAGUAUGAUAAGAUCCAACACACUAGCGGUCCCAUCGUAUAAACCUUCGUCAAGUUACUCUGGCGGUCGCCCUCUGAACCUCGACGUUCAGUCCUUACGUUUAUCCCCCACGCAGAUAACUGAUCAUGCGCACGGAGUCACUAGAUCUCUAUCCCAUGGCUCAGUUAUAAAUUCUCAGCACAAAUGGUGGAAUGUGGAAGAAACCAGAGGGACUAUAAAUAGGCCCACGAGUCUGCUGGUUUCAGAAAGAUACGGGACCUCCUCCUGUACUCCGAGAGAAUCAUUUUUGAGGAGUCUCCACACAGUGACGAGACGUCCAAAGAAAUGUAACGAAAGCAAAUCGAAUUGGGAGUUGAAUUACGUCAAAGAAUAUCAAAGGGAGCAGAGUAGAGCGUUACAUUUGAAGAAAUGGGCGUGCAGUAAAUGUACUCUAGAGAAUUCGGGGAUCAGGACCCAUUGCGAAGCCUGCUUGUCCCCGAGAAUUUCUCCACUAUCCCGUAUUUCUAAUACUAGAGGUCUCAGUGUCACUACCUUGGGUAGACACGAGACGGUGAGUGGGAGAGAUGGAGCGACAUCAUUACCAUCGUCUGGUGGUAUUAUGAUCACCGUCCCUGAUUGGCCACAGUCCACAAACUUGGGGGAUUCCUUCCAAAGGUCAAUCAGCGCUCAGAACUCCCCAGAAACUCGGCCGACGUAUCGCCGGUCGUUUUCCGAGCAGAAUAACGAAAACCGACCAGUCGGCAAAGUUAUAUCAAGCAGACGCAGUCUUAACGACUACCAACGUUCUUUAGCAAGUUACUGCGGUACUUUAACUAAGCCAGACGAAAGAGUUGAUAAAAAAGAGGAAUCGACAGAAUUGAUUGACAAAGAAUGCAGUUGGGACACGAAUGCUGAAGGCGUCAUAUAUGCACUACCCAAUAAGGGGAAGUACAAGGAUUUGAACCUCCAAUUGCAGGUUAAUAAUAAUGGGACAAGAUACUCGUAUGUAUCGGUUCAGGAUACCAAAACUGUGAUGAGUAACUCCCAGAAUGAAGUACUAUAUUCCAAUGAUAUCGGAGAAGGUGAUUACGCCAGGAUCGAUGAGUUGUUAGGCGCGGAGAACUGUAUAUCUCCGAUUGGUGAAAGUAACUUAAGGACCUCGCACAUCAGUGCGGCGAAAGAGCCGGGCAAAGUGUUUAACAUGCUGCCCUCUGUGGGCAAAGUGUCGCAUAAUCCUCGGGAGCCGUCUAAAGUGCCUUCUAUUCAGCAAUCCUCGCGCGAGUCGAGCGGAGCCGCGCGCAUGUGGCAGUGCAGCGAGUGCUGGUUCGCGUACAACGCGUGGGGCGCGCGCUGCGACGUGUGCCGGAGCGCUAGGCCUCCGCACGCCGUCACGCUCGCCCCGCCGCCGGAGAGGGAGCAACCGAGGAGCAGAAACAACUCCACGUCUGAAGCGAGCGGCCCAAAACCGGAGCUGAAUCGCAAUGAGCCUCUGAAGAAAUUGACGGUACCCAUCGCUUCAUUGGAUCAUGACCUCAAUAGCGACGAGCUUUUAUUUGCUGUUGACCCAACGCCAACGCCCAACGCGGACGCAAUAACUUGGACGUGCGGUCGCUGUACGUUGGUCAACGAGUCCAACGCGACAGCCUGCGCGGCCUGCGCUGGCUCCAGACCUGAGCCGCAUACGCAUUGGUCAUGCAGCUCUUGUACGCUACGGAACCCCCUAUCAGCAAAUCUGUGCCUCGCGUGCAAGACCCCGCCCGUGCCCAAACACGGCGUGCCGAGCUCUUCGGCCGAGCCCAACCAUAGCGUCGCAGUUGGCAGAAGCCCGUCUCGACACACUCCCGCGCCCCGACGCGCGGCGUCAAGGCACAAGACGCCGCCGCCCGAACACAAAGCAGACACGUCAGAAUGGCCGUGCUCGGAAUGUACGUUCGUAAACGCUGGCACGGCGCUGGCGUGUGACAUGUGCCAGUCGCCCAAAACCAGACUGCUGCCAGCCGCGCCAGACCAGCCCAGCCUGGACGACGACGAUUCACCGGAAGGUUCUGACGGCGAGAGACAAGAGAGUACUCCGAUGGAAAUACUGCGGCUCAGAGAAGAGAGCCAUGCGUGGACGCAGUGGCAAGAAGUUUUGGCUCAAUGUGCAGCGACGGGAGAAAUGUACGUAGACGAGUCAUUUCCUGCCGCGCCCCGCUCGCUGUACUACAGCGGCUCUGGAGAGGCGGGCGGGGCGGGGGGCGCGGGCGCGGCCGCCAGGUGGCUUCGGCCGCAACACAUCCACGUAGACGCUGACCCCAGGCUACCCUGGGUCGUGUUCCGGGACCCACGACCUUCGGACAUAUCGCAAGGUGUUCUGGGCAACUGCUGGCUGCUAUCAGCCCUGGCUGUACUGGCUGAACGCUCAGCGCUGGUCAGGAGUGUGGUGGUGAGGGCUGAGCCGGCUCGAGGCGCGUACCAGCUGCGACUGUGCAAAGACGGCCGCUGGCUGACUGUGACCCUGGACGAUCUGUUACCUUGCAACCGGAAGGGGCACCUGGUCUAUUCUCAGGCUAAAAGGAAACAGUUAUGGGUGCCCUUAAUAGAAAAAGCGGUGGCGAAAUUACAUGGAUGCUACGAAGCCCUGGUUUCUGGAAGAGCUAUUGAAGGUCUUUGUACCCUGACGGGAGCUCCCUGCGAAUCAGUAUCCCUCCAAGCCGGGGGAGCCGGAGGUGGUACGGGGGGCGGAGCGCCCUUGGAACAGUUAGACCGGGACCUGGUGUGGGCUCAACUGUUGUCUUCGAGACAGGCGUGCUUUCUGAUGGGGGCCAGCUGUGGAGGUGGUAAUAUGAAGGUGGAUGAAGAGGAGUACCAGCGUCUAGGGCUGCGGCCGCGGCACGCCUACUCCGUCCUAGAUGUAGUGGAGGUUGCGGGCUACAGCCCUCCUCUACGGCUUCUACGCCUGCGGAACCCCUGGGGCCACUACACGUGGCGCGGCGCCUGGGCCGCCAACUGCCCGCGCUGGACGGAGGCUCUGAGGAGGUCCCUCCCAGCCACCAGUGCGGAUAGGGACCAGGGGGUGUUCUGGAUCAGCUUCGAUGAUGUGCUCAAAUAUUUCGACUGUAUAGACAUCUGCAAAGUGCGCGUGGGCUGGCACGAGGUCCGCCUGGCCGGGAUACUGCCGCCCAUGUCGUCCACGCGGCAUCUAACCUGUCUCCUCCUCACUGCCACGCAACCCACUGAAGUGGACUUCACUCUAUUCCAAGAGGGACAGAGAAACUCGGCAAAAAGUCAGAGAUCCCAACUGGAUCUCUGUGUAGUUGUGUUCAGGACUAAAUCUGGCCCAAGUGCUCAAGUUGGCAAACUGGUUGCACACAGUAAAAGACAGGUGCGAGGAUUUGUCGGAUGCCACAAAAUGCUAGAAAAAGGCUUCUACCUGGUUGUUUGCCUGGCCUUCAACCAUUGGCACACUGGUCUAGAGUUGGCCGAUAGUUCCGCUUGGCCACGCCACGUGUUGGCCGCACAUUCGUCCAAACCCCUGGCCGUGGAGAGACCCUCACUUCACCCCCAUAUCUUAGCGGAUGCCAUCAUUGGCUUAACCUUGGCCAGGGGGCAGAGGCAUGAGGGAAGACAGGGGAUGACUGCCUAUUACUUGACUAAGGGCUGGGCAGGUUUGGUAGUUAUGGUUGAGAACAGACACACAGACAAAUGGAUCCAUGUUAAGUGCGACUGCCAAGAGAGUUACAACGUCGUUUCCACCAGGGGAGAGCUCAAGACUAUUGACUCUGUACCCCCUUUACAUCGCCAAGUAAUAAUAGUGCUUACGCAACUAGAAGGCAGCGGGGGUUUCUCAAUAGCGCACAGAUUAACGCACCGACUGGCGGCCGGAGCUCGUCUGCAGGACUGGGCGCCCAGACCUGACGACGCCCCGCGGCAUCGCCCGCCGCUCGCACGCAGGCUUAGCGGCUUACACGCACCCAGACUCAUCACAUAGGACAUCUGGGCCCAUAACCUGAGGGGACUCAUGAUUCAUCACAGAGGAAUCAUCAACUGAUAAUAUCUGGGCCCAUAACCUAUGUGAACUUCGGACUUAUAAACUAAUAUGUCAGACUUGCUGCUUUUCCGCUGGUUUAGUUGCCUGCACGCUCCCAGACUCAUCACAUAGAACAUCUGGGCCCAUAAGCUGAGAGGACUUUUGACUGGUCACAGAGGAAUCAUUAACUAAUAAUGUCAGGACGACCGUUUGUAUGCAGUCUUGGUCGUCUAGGAUAUCUGGGCCCAUAAGCUGAGAGGACUCAUCACUCAUCACAGAAGAAUCAUCAACUGAUAGUAUCUGGGCCCUUGCUGCGAGGUUUUUCGAAUGCGAAAAUGUGCGUAUUGAUUUCAUAUAUGCGUUAUUGAAGUAGACUUUAACAAGCCUUUAUGUAAAGGGAAAUAAUUUUGAUUAACUACUGUUCUAUUACCCGUGUACUGAUUACUUAAUUGAUUACCCGUGAUUAAUUCCAAUGAUUACCAUUUAUACCCUUUACUAUUCCCAGUAAUUAUACUUUUUUGUAUUACUAUAACUAUUUAUCAUCCCAUAUUCAAACAAAUAAACUAUUUCAUUUCAAUGAUUACCGUUUGUACCUAUGAUUACCGUUGCUAGCUUCGAUUACCAUACACACCCAUGAUUACUGAAAAAUGUUACUGGAUUGAUAAAUUAAAAUAAAACUCGUGUAGUUCGUUUGAAUUUUACAGAAAGAUUUUCUAGCGUAAUAGAAUUUGAGAUAUUACGACGGAAGAGUACUGUUUGUACUUCAAAUCUUAUUGCAAGACCUGAGAUCCUAGUAUAACUUUUCAAGUUUACUAAUGGAUCAAGUGUGUUGAAGUCAAUCUUUGAUUAAGUGAGGACGUUCAAAUAUGUUCUGAUGUCAAGUUUUUUUAAACUGACAACUUGAGUGCAUAACUCUUUCGAGAUCUGUGUUUCUUAACAACUGUAAUUUGGGUAUCUUGAAAAGUGAAUAGGUAUCUUCUAAGAAAAAUUUGUCCCAUCUUAGGCCAUAUCAUCACUUCUCAUCAGGUGUGCUCGUGGUUAAGCGUAUAAUGGACCUACUUAAAAUCAUUUACGCAAGCAAGUUCUGUACUUGCAUAGACCGUAAUUGUAUUUUUGAACUAUAAAUAAAAUAAGAUGAUGCAUAUAGAAAUCACCGUGGGUUAUUUUUCGAGGAGAACUAGUCAUAAGCACAUCCCUACUUCUAGUUUUUUAAGACAUCAUUAAGUAAUUUAAUGUAUAAAUACUUAUAAUAGGUGAUAAUAUCAUCAAUUUUACUGUGUAAUGAAAAAAAUAGAUCUUUAAUACGUAGGUAGUGGCGUUCAUGAUCGGAUUAUUUUCGUUAGGGAAAAUAUUAAACCUGGUUGCUGCUUCCAUAAUAAAUAGAACAAAGUCCAAGUAUUCGCAAGUCCGCUGUUAAGAACUUUGGAUAUGUAUACUGAACAAUGAAACAAUUAUGAUUUUGUGAAAUUGUUGAUUUUACUGGCUUCCCCAGCCCAAACAGUACUUGUACGGAGCGAAGACGUAAUCAGCAAACCAAUCAGGUUUAUCAAUGAUUAAUCUGAUCAAUCAAUAAUCUGAUUGGAUUGCUAAACACAUAUUCGCUUCAGUUGACGGACACUCUUAUAAACUUAACGGCCAGUUCUUAAUUUUAUAUAGAAGCAGCACGCAGGCGAAUCGUAAGCUUAAAAAUGACGAAAACCCAUCUAUGAAUUAAAAAGAAAGAAAGUUUGCCGUCAUCUAAACAAAAACGCGCUUAUGAAGCGACUGUUAAAAGUGAUUCGAAUCAUCUUAAACUUAAUUAUAGGAUCGUUUCGUUAUCGGAUGUAAGCUGUAAUUAUAUUUGGGUUUAAUUUAAAUAUAGAUGUUAAUUUUUUUGAGAGCAGGACAUGACAAUGACAAAGGCUUUAAUUUUAAAGCUGCAGACACACUAUGGAUUGUGGUCUGUUGUAACGCGACAAAAGAACCAUGAAUUUUUUAUGAAGACGUGGACAGUAAUUUAUCGUUCGCUGACGCUUCAGACGCAGUCAAGAUAAUGCUCGUCCACCUGGUGCAAUAUUGUGUUGCAACAUACUACGACAAAAUAAUAUGUCUACGACAAAAUAAUAACUUAACUUUUCUUAUUUUAGAGAUUUUGUUUAAAAUAAAUAGAUAUAUCAAAGUAAUAAUGACAUUCGAGCAUUUUUAUUUGUAUUAUUUUUAAAAUCUAAAACAUGAAGAUUAAGUUUGCGCUUUCAUCUGUUCGUUCGUUACUAUGCGUUUGCGCAUAGUUGAAUCGAUUAAGUUGACAUUUUGUAUAGUUAUUGUUGAGACUUGCGUGAAGAUUGUUGACAUACGAGUAGUAUCAUCAACGUACCGUGUGGUGUGCGAGUUGAAUUGCAACGCAUGCUGAGCAUUAGCUAGUUACAAAUAAAAUUGAUAUACAUAAUUUAUUUACGUUGGAAAUGAUUUUAUUUUGUGAUAUAUUGUUCUACUUUAUUUAAAAAAAUGUAUUCUUGUAAUUCUUCAAUCUCUUCAAUUUUUUAACUUUCGUGAUCUGAUGUAUACUUUUUAGUUGAAUUUCGAACGAAUCAGUGAUUGAAAAUCCUUCGAAUAAUAUUUUGAAAUAAAUCGAUUUAUUUUAAUUUAAUUGAAAUUGAGCCAAACAAAUGCACAUAAUUGUUAUGUUUAUAUUUUUGAUAGAUACUCGAGAAAAUGCAUUUUAUUAUUUAUAUCAAUUAGCAACAAAUUUUGCUCAUAAAAAUGCGAUUUUAUUCUGUUUGCGUAAGAUUAUAGUGCGAUGGAAUCCUACACUUAAAUAUUUACUUAACAAUGCUUUAUUUAAAGACAUUUUCUAUAUCAAUACCAUAUUUUAUGGAGAUCAGCGAUCUAUCCAUUCCAAUACUCAUAAUUUUUAUCGAUUGACUGUUAAAAAUUGUAUUUUUAUACAUUAUUUUAGUGAUACAAAAUACUUGCCAUUAUUUUUUAUUAUUAUUGUACUAAUACUAUAUUUUAAAGUUGAUAGUAUUGCUUUAAAUUGAAAGUUAUUUUUGUUUUAAGGUGUAUGGUUGGUAUGCCUUGAGCCGUACAAUGCAACUCCAAAAGCUGUUUAAAAUAAUUUUAUUCUAUUUAAAGUUAAAGCUUACAAAAGUUGUCAAGCCAGCACGCGGUCCUACGCGGCAAAUAUACAUAUACACCAAGUGGAGUUAGGUUCGCCAAAUACGUUGGAUAAACUAGGCUCUUUAAAUGUGCAAUAUUUUAACUGAUUCAUUAUUUUUUCUCGAAUCUUUUAUUUUCACUCGAACGAUGGCACAAGAAUGGCACAUUUAUAAUUUUUAUUUAACGAAAAACCUUUCAUUAUAGAAUGUAAUAGCUAUAGAAUUAUAGAUAUUAGACAGAGUAUGUGCGGCACAAAAGUUUGGGUACACUAAGAAAAUAAGAGGUAUAUUUUGACAAAUCUUUCCAAAUAGUUUGACAAAAAACGUGUUUGAUUCACGGUCUACGGAGCCCUAAGCAUCGUUACUGAAGAUGACUUGAGCCUUGAUGAAACCAUCAUGUAACUAGAUUUGGUUUGAAUCUGUCAACUUUAAUCUGGGCAGUUAAAUGGAAAAUGUGCAAAGCUAAACUUUGAUAGAUUAACAUCAAAUCUAGUGAAGCAUUUUCAUACUAAAAGAAAUACACUCAAGUCGAUGUCUAGCAGGCUUACUUACAAAAGUUUAUAAAUUUAAGACAAGCUAUUUUGUAUCUUAUUGUUGUGCAUAUAAAGUCACUUGUAGUUUGUGUCGCACAGACGUUAGUUGUAAAUUUUUCAUCGGCACCUGUAAAAAAAAUCCUAAUUCACGAGGUCAUAAAAAUCAUAAUUGUAGCACGAGUGUGUAGUAAAUAAUGGUUAAUAAGUAAUUUGUACACAAACAAUAAGCUUUUAUAAGAAAAAGUGUUGAUCGUUUUUUGGGAAGUUGUUUUUUCUCACGGUUUAAUGUUAAGGGUUAUUUUUAUGUGUAAUGUGCCAUAAUCGAGGUCUAGAGGCUAUUUAGUUGCGCAACAGUUGCGCUACUAUGUAAGCGACUUUUAGUUGACGUUUUUGAUAUACUAAAUAUUAUCCUAGCGGGCCUCCUAGAUUUGUUUUGUUUCUUGCUUCUUGUAUAUUUCAACAUUGUAUGAAAUAGUAAUAAUAUAAUAUUAUAUCUAUACCACAUAGUGCGCUAAUUUGUAUACGAAUAUUAUACACCUAGGACUUGAGGUAUAUCUUAAAAUAAAAAAAUGAGCUAGUUUGACAAAUUGAAUAAAAAAUAUUGCAAAGUUAAGUAAAAUAUUGACACCUCAAGGUCUCCGGUGUAUGAAACACCUUAUAUAAUUAAUUCAUUAUAGGUAUUAUCUAUUAUUUAUAAUAGUAUUUUUAUCGCCGGGUAAAUACUGGUUUUAAUUCUUAUUAAUCUGUACUGAAGCAAGAAGCAAACGCUUAACGAAUUUUGAUAUCACAUUUUUUAUUUAUUGACUAUCUACUUGAAUCGUAGUGAACUCAGAGUAAAGAUUAAGCUAUAGAGCACGUUCUUUUUUCAAUAUAUUUUAUUCCAUUUUCGUGACAAUUUUUAUUGGGAACAUACUGAACCUCACUAAAUUUCUGCACUGGAAAUCAAAUCCUAAUAUUUCUUAUGAGCAGAAAUACAUUAAAUACAUCCAACAAAGUUGGGUAUUUUUUUUGUGGUUGUAUAAAAUCUGUUCGAAACAUAAUGACCGUUCAAGUAUAUUUUUAUCGCCAUGAUACCGUUUCUCCUUGUAAUAUUACCAGUGAUUACUGUUUACCACUUUGUUUACAGUGCGUCCCUAGGAUUACCGGUUACACAAUUGAUUACCGUCGAUACCCGUGAUUACUGUUUAUACCCAUGAUUACCAGCGAUACCCAUAGUUACUGUUUAUACCCAUGAUUACCGUUGAUGCCCGUGAUUACCGUUAAAUCCGUGAUUACUGGUAGCUGCUCUAUGUCGUAUGUUUACUCUGAGGUAGUGAGGUUGUUUUGUAGCAAAAAGACGCUUAUUUUACGUGUUAGCGGAUACGUGAAUGCAUGUUAUAUUACUUAAACAAUAAGGGAAUAAAAUUAUUUAAAUUUGA